AUGCUGAACAUCAAGAGCGUGCUGGGUGCCACCUACACCACGUGGGACGCCGCAUCACCGUGCCGCGUGGAAAACUCAACAGUGGCUGUAGCGGGCGAGUGGAAUGGUGUCUACUGCACGCUUGCCGGCAAGGUGUCAGCCAUCUUUCCACCUUCCGUGCUCCUGCAUUCUGCCCACGCCGCUAUUGACCGUGUCCUUCCCGCCCUGCUACCCCCUGUGGCCAGUGGCAUGGUGGGCAACUACCUCAUGGGGUCGGUGCCAGCACUGGCCAGCCAGCUGCGAGUGUUGGACGUGGGAUACAACUUCCUCACGGACGUCCCAGCAGUCACCUACACCUUCUGUGGCGGCGUCUUCAACUGCCUGCUCACGCCCUCCAAGUGCGCCAGCAGCUCAACCACUCAGAGGCCCGCAGCAGACUGUGCCAUCUGCGGCACCACCAACGGCGUGGGGCCCUUCUGCUCGCCGGGGAACGGAGUUUGCUCACCAAACGCGGCUGCUGCAGUGGCUACCGGCACUGUCAACGUGGCGAAGCCCGCUCUUCCUGUAUCAUGCAUGGGCGCCACAGCAGUUCCCCUCACCGCCUCAAACGGUCCGUUUCACACCCUUUCCCCCCUUUCCCUGCCCCCAUCCCACCAUACCCACUGUGCGCCAUCAGCGGCGGCCAUGCUGAGCGUCAAGUCGGCCCUGGGUCUCACCUUCACCACGUGGGCCACCACCAAUCCUUGCCAGCUCAUCGGUGCCGCUGCCACUGCCGGCGUGUGGGACACGCUGUUGUGUAACAGCAAUGGCAAUGUUGUGCAGAUGUAA